CUCAGUCAAGCUCACUGUUGCCAUGCCCGUGCGGACCUGGGAGCUGCCCCUGCUCCUUCUGCUGGGGAUGGGGCUAAAGGCUCAGGAAGCUCUGCCCCCACCCUGUGAGAGCCAGAUCUACUGCCACGGGGAGCUCCUGCAUCAGGUUCAGAUGGCCAAGCUCUACCCUGAUGACAAGCAGUUUGUGGAUAUGUCACUGACUGACGCUCCAGACCAGGUCCUGUGGAGUUUCAGCGCCCUGGCCACCGCCCACAACCAUAGCAUCCCCAAGCAGCAGCUGCAAGAGUUUGUCCAGCAAUACUUUCAGCCUGUGGGACAGGAGCUGCUGCCUUGGACCCCUGAGGACUGGAAAGAUAGCCCUUAUUUCCUGCAGAAGAUCUCAGAUGUCAAGCUGCGUGCCUGGGCAGAGCAACUGCAUGAGAUCUGGAAGAAGCUGGGAAGGAAGAUGAAGCCAGAAGUUCUCAGCCACCCUGAGCGAUUUUCUCUGAUCUACUCAGAACACCCCUUCAUUGUGCCCGGCGGGCGCUUUGUUGAGUUCUACUACUGGGACUCUUACUGGGUCAUAGAGGGUCUGCUCCUCUCUGAGAUGGCUGAGACCGUGAGGGGAAUGCUGCAGAACUUUCUGGACCUGGUCAAGACCUAUGGGCAUAUCCCCAAUGGUGGACGCAUAUACUACCUGCAACGAAGCCACCCCCCACUCCUGACCCUCAUGAUGGAUCGAUACGUGACUCAUACCAACGAUACCACCUUCCUGCGGGAGAACAUCAAGACCCUAGCCUUGGAAUUGGACUUCUGGACUGUGAACAGGACCGUCUCUGUGAACUUGGGAGGAGAAAGCUACAUCCUGAAUCGCUAUUAUGUCCCUUAUGGGGGACCCAGGCCAGAGUCCUAUAGCAAAGAUGAGGAGUUGGCAAACACCUUGCCAGUAGGGGAGCGAGAGGCUCUGUGGUCCGAGCUCAAGGCUGGGGCUGAGUCAGGCUGGGACUUCUCUUCCCGCUGGCUGGUUGGAAGCCCAAACCCUGACCUGCUCAGCAGCAUCCACACCAGCAAAAAGGUGCCAGUUGACCUGAACGCCUUCCUGUGCCAGGCGGAGGAGCUGAUGAGCAACUUCUAUGCCAGACUGGGGGACAACGUCCAGGCUGCCAAGUACAAAAGCUUGCGGGAUCAGCGCGUGACUGCCAUGCAGGCUGUCCUGUGGGAUGAGCAGAAGGGAGCCUGGUUCGACUAUGACCUUGAGACUAGGAAGAAGAACUUUGAGUUUUAUCCAUCCAACCUCAGCCCACUCUGGGCCGGCUGCUUCUCUGACUCUGGUGAUGUGGACAAGGCUCUGAAAUACCUAGAGGACAGCCAGAUCCUGACCUACCAGUAUGGGAUCCCAGCCUCUCUCCGGAACACGGGCCAGCAGUGGGACUUCCCCAAUGGCUGGGCCCCCUUGCAGGACCUGGUCAUCAGAGGCUUGGCCAAGUCACAUUCACCUCGGACCCAGGAAGUGGCUUUCCAGCUGGCCCAGAACUGGAUCCAAACCAACUUUGACAUCUACUCACAAAAGUCAGCCAUGUAUGAGAAGUAUGACAUCAGCAAUGGACAGCCAGGUGGUGGAGGGGAGUAUGAAGUUCAGGAGGGCUUUGGCUGGACAAAUGGAGUAGCCAUGAUGCUAAUGGACCGCUACGGUGACCGGCUGACCUCAGGGACCCAGCUGGCUUUCCUGACCCCUCACUGCCUGGUGGCCACCUUCCUGCUCCACCUCCUGUUGGGUUUCCUGUCACCGUGAUCAUGGUAGCCACAAGGACUGACCAGGAGGGUGGCUUCACAUCUGUUUACCAGCCGGUCAUCUGGCUCCAGCUCCUGCCUCAUUAAACCUCUGCGCCCAGCCUAGUGUCACAGUGCAGGCCUGUGAGGUCAGCACUACGAGUGGUAACAGAAACCGUCUCAAAACAUAAACAGAAGGCC